AUAAAAUUGGUUAUAAAACUUAACAAUAUUUCAGAUAUUUCAUUUAAUAGACAAUUUUGUUCAUAGUAGGGUUUAGUUGAUUGAAUAGGAAUAUGCCGUGUUUGUUUUUGAUAGUUUUCGUGAGCUGUUAUAGUUUGAGUGAAGCUAAAAUAUUUUCUCAAUCCUACAUCAUACCUUGUCAUAAAGAUGACCCCAACCUAAACGCCUGCGCAAUGAAACACGCCAAACUGGCCAUACCCCAUCUGCUGGAUGCUGGGGACCGAAAAUACGGCAUCCCCAAAUUGAAACCUCUAGAACUGGAUAUGAUCAAUCUAGAAUCGGGGGGAAACAUGAAACUGAGUUUGAGCAACGUCAAAAUGUUUGGUUUGGACUCUGUUAAUUUAGAAAAAGUCAGGAUUGAUUUGCCUAACAAAGCAUUCCACUUCGAUUUCAAAGCUGGAAACAUAGAUAUUUUAGGACAUUACGAUCUGAUCGGAAAUAUCCUAUCAUUUCCUCUGAAUGGAAAUGGAGAAUGCAAUAUGACAGCUGGUAAUGUUGAUAUUAGAUUCAACUUGACGUAUGACCUCAUAGAGAAAAAUAGCGAGACUUACAUGGAUUUGAAUGAUAACAAUAUCGACAUCGAAACUAAUGAAUUCCACUUUCAGUUUGACAAUCUCUUCAAUGGAAAUGAGGAACUAGGAAGGAAUAUUAAUAGGAUCCUCAAUGAAGAAUGGAAAACUCUUUAUACGGAAUUCAAACCAGCGGUUACCAAAACUAUCUCAACAGUAGCAGGCACUAUCAUCAAGAGAAUGUUCGGGAGAGUUCCAUACCAUAUGAUUUUCAUUUGAACUAUUUUAUGAAUGCAAUGUGUUUCCGAAAUUGGAGAAGACAAAGAACAAAACCAAAUGAAAGUACUUUUUGGUUGAAAAAUUAUUCGAUUGUGGAGUUUGUUGAUUAGAGGCCGAACCCGAGCGUUUGCGUUUAGCGAGGUCCGAAGCACCAGGAAUAUCAAUGACAUUUGAACUGUUGUUAGCGUUAAAUGAUACUUGAAUAUGUUGCAAGUCACACAUAGAGAAACAAUUAAUGUGAGAAUCAUUCUCAGAAAAUACCCAAUUCCAUUCAAAAUUCCAAUUUCGGAAGCACAUAUCACAAAAAUUAUGAGAAUUUUCUUAGAGAUAAUUGAUAUAAUUGUAAAAAUGAUUUGUUAUUUCGUUUAGGGAGAUAUCAGAUAAAUUCAAAAGAUGUUCAUGAUAUCUUUGUAGAUGUAUUUGGAGAAAUAUAUAUUUUUUUAGAAUUU